CCUCUUAUCAAUAUUAUCUAGUUUUGCGAUUUUAUUUAUUAUUGUAUCUGUUAUUUACUGAAAACUAUAUUAUAUUAUGAAUUAGAAGAAAAAUCUACAAAGUUAACAGUCUUCUACCUCGUAGCGACAGUAAUUUCACGUCUAAAACACAGAAAAUAUGGACAGGAAUAUGAGGUCAAGUUAUGUGAACAGUGGACCCCGGUCGCUCCCUCACAUGGGCAGCAAACGGCACUCGGACUCGCGAGGUCCGAGACUCAGCCCCCCGGCACAGGCUCCCAACAACAUCAACGCACACAACAACAACUCUCACUCAACACAGCAUGAUGAUCUCAUUAAUUAUAUCUACGACUCUUGGAGUAAGGUGAACCGAGACUUGGAGCGAGGCAACGAUGAGGCCAAGUACUACCAAGACAUGGUGUCUCCGCGGCAGCUGGCCAACUUCCGCCCCUUCAACCUCGAGGAGUGGUGGGCGCGGAAACUCCUCCAGACCAUCAACCGCAACAAACACCGGUCCUAGGCCCCGGACGAUCGGAGUUUUACAUUCCUCGUGGUCUGUUCUGUUCUCAUUGUGGCAGUCUCUUUGGUUUCUAUGUGGGUACUGAAUUAUUGGAAAUAGUUAGGUUUUGUUUAGAAAUUGAUGGCGGCAUGGAAUAUAUGGGUGGAAUGUUAUGGUACGAUCUAGCUAAAUGUAAAUGUUUGGAGUUUGUAUACAUAUUUGUUAAAUAGAGGUUGUAAGAGAGAGUUAAACUUCAUUGUGUUACAUUUAGCAAGUCUUAAACUGUAUUUUUGUGAUGAUUAUGAAUUUGGGAAUAAUUUUUAAGUACCUAUGUGUAAAAAUAUACACUUACCAUAAAAGUGUGUCAAAACCCAAGUUUAACACAUUUAAAUUAAUGAUUUCCUAAAAAUUCUAGUCAUCACAUUAUGUACCUACAUACAUCAGGCCUAUGUGGACGAUAAAGGGCUGAUGAUGAUGAUUGUACAUUCUCACUGUAUAUUCCAUGGUGGCUCGCACACAAAUUACAGUACAACUCUCUAUGAAAUAUUCUACGCAGGCAUGUAAAAUACUCUAGAUCGGCGUCUAGGUUUAGGCUUAGACUUUGUAAAAGUUAUUGUCUUGAGCAAAAUGACAGAUGUUGACCUUUUGAGGUUGAUGCUAAGAUUAUACUUACCUAAAUGUUAAAUUAAGAACUUAAACUUUAUGUAAGUACUUGGAAUUCCUUAACUUUAUUUAAAAUGCAAUGUAUGGUAUAUACUAUAUACAAUUGAAUGCCCACAUAACAACUGAAAUUGAUUUAUGCGUUAACUAAAAGAACUUCAGCGUAGCUGGAGAAUAGUUCAUACUUUCAUCAUACAUCUCAAAAUCAUCAAUAAUUUUGUUUUAGAUCUGAUUUUUCAAUAGUCAGAUAAAUUUUAUUGUAGUCUUAGGAAUAAAACUGUUGCUGUCACUGUCUUAUAGAAACAUUCUGUCGCGACAGCAUCAGAAUUAUUUCUCAGAUAACUAACCAUUGAAAAAUCAGCCCUUAGACCCAAAUCAGACUUUUGAAUAGCAUAAAACAACAAUUAUUAAGGGAGUAACAGUUAUAAUUAUAAUAGUAAACCAAUGAGGAUGAGAAGUGAGGAAAUUCGAGCAGCACCAUGGUUUAAAUAAGAAGUACUUAUAUGCAUUGUCCAACUAGUGAUGGAAAAGAUCCUCAAUUAAAACUUCAAACAUUUCGGAAUUUAUUACAGUUUUUUUAGUAAAUGACUUCUGUUUUACCGAGUAACAAAUACCUAAUCAUAAAUGCAAAUAGUAAGUACUGGAUUUCUGAUUUGAGAAAGUCAAAUUAAGCACUACUUAAAUUCAUCUUAAUUGAUGUGAUAUUCUCAAAUCAGAAUCUGGGCCAUUCAUUAUUGAACACCAAUUUUUUGUAGACGAUCUGCAUUAUAAACGUUGGUAGAGUGAGUGAAGUAUGUAUGUAAAUAUAAUUAUUAGAUAUGAGUAGGUAUUUAUAAUUUAAGAAAAUGUAUUGUGACAAAUCUUUGUUAGAAUCAGCUAGAAUUAGAAUAACGCGAGAUUAGUGUCGCAUCAGAAACAUGAUACAUUUAAAUUUGUAUAAUUAAGUAAUUUUUAUUCUGAACUCUAUUUUUAGAAAUGCAAUAAUAAGCACGUACUUGGGAUGUGUCCAUCCGGUUUCUAUACCAUAUUAUCUAUGUGUAUGGUUUUUCUUAUGAGGAAUAAGUUUUGACGGAUUGUAAAUAAUUGUAAAAGCUAAAUCUCAGGUAAACAAAUCCUUAUAAGAUUUACAUAGAUAUAGAAGGGGUUAGAAAACGGCACUUUUUAAAUCAACAAUAUCAACAUUUAUAAUUAAGUAUUUUGAAUGAUCCUUUAGUGUAAUUAAGUACAUGAGAUUUUAUUAAGUAGCUACUUAAAUUAACGGGAUUGUAUAUUUAAAGCAAUUCAUGUUAUUUUAUUGUUAUUAUAGAAUCAGACAGUUGCAUGAGUGCCCUUAUAGAUGGCGCUAACGGUUAUACGUAUAUCUUGCUUACCUUACAUGUUGUUAGAGGGAGAAGGCAGUAUGCUGCCGUAUUUUUUUAUAGGAUCAGGUUGUAUGUAAUUAUUAUAAUAUUGACAUUCCAUAUUUUGCCCGUACUUAGUAAAGUGCAUUUGACCUGCAGUUAUUACAUUUUAAGAAUACACAGAGUCGCUGAAUUAUGGAUUUGAAUAAAAGAUUUUUUACGGA